AUGGCUUCCCCUACUGCAAUCCCCAACGCAGAAAAGUCUGCUCACUACCGUCACCAGUCCCUCUCUCAUACCGCAACCGACCUAUCGAGCGAGAUUCGUACGAGCGAAGGUCAGCGACUCUCCUUCUCCCCACCCGUCUCGUUCUACUCGCGUGCCUCUGCUUCAGGCAACGCGCUUCGCAUCACUACCGGCAUGACUUCCACCAUGGGUCCUCCGAGCCCCACCAACCGCUUCUCGAUGGGCUUCAGCCCCGUCAACGCGAAGACGGAUGACAGCCGAAUGUCGCCUCCGCAGCAUCACACACGUGCUCGCUCCCAGACCGCCAUCGGUGCUGGCACCAUUGCUUCUAGCGUCGAGCCGUGGGACGCCGGCCGCGUCGAUUCGCGGCCUUCGGCGGCCAGCGACGCGGCAGGAUCCCAGCCUUCAUCGUACAUGUCGGCUUCGGACCUGUCGUACUCGCGUUCGCCUACGAGCCCCCGCAGCUCAGUUUCUUCUUCGGGGUACUCCCUGGGCCGAGUGCCUUCUCUUCCCUUGGGCGCGUCUUACGAGCAAGCUCAGAAGCGAUUCAACAGCGGCAGCUGGGGUCAGAAGAUGGGCUGGAUGAACACAAUGCGACCCGGCCCGCUCUCACCCACGCUCAGCCGAACGAGCAUCGACGAAGGUAGUGCAGUCAGCGACGGAGCCGGCGCCAACGGCGCCAUGGGCAGCUUGCUUCGCCGCUUCAGUCUGAGCGGCAGCUCGUACAGGAGCGCCAGCGGGCCAGUCUCAGCCAGCACGCCUGUGGCUCCCGCGUUCGAGUCUGCUCCAUCUGCAGCAGCAAUCCCUCGAUCGGCCUCGCCCAAGGCCAUUCCCACGACGCGCGACUCUGGCGUCUGCUUUGAGGAAGGCAAGCCGAUUGUGCGCGGCCGCCAGCCUAGCUUCAGCGGCAACACGAAGCGCAAGCCGAGCCCGAUGGGCGAGCGACUGCUCAUGGGUCACUUCAACGCCCAUUGA